AAUGCUGGGCUUGGCGCUGAGCUGCCGGGGGGCAGGCGCCUUCCUGGUGCACGUGGCCAGCUCCUGCCCGCUGGCCAACAACGGCUCCGUGCUGGAUUUCGACUUCGCCCUCGUCUUCAACAAGAACCCGCUGGUCUGUUACGAGCCCGACGCCCGGCGCUUUACUGCCUGCGACUGGGGGCUGCUCCGUCCCUACGCCACGGUCCUUGCCGCCAUCCUCAACAACGGCACCGCCUGGGUGCAGCGCGCCGAAGCCCGGCGCCGGGCUUGCCGCGACCUGGCCCCCCGAUUCUGGUCCUCCACGGCGCUGCGGCGGACACCCCCUCAAGCCCGCAUCAUCUCCUCCAAGACCAGCAACACCAGGGCAUCCGUCCUCCUUACCUGCCACGUCUGGGGCUUCUACCCCGCCGAGGUGACCGUCAGUUGGCUGCACAACGGGAACGUCGUGGGCCCCGGUGACCACCCCCCCACCUCCGCCAUCCCCAAUGGCGACUGGACCUACCAGACGCAGGUGACCUUGAUGGUGGCCCCGACAGCCAGGGACACCUUCGCGUGCGUGGUGCAACACGUCAGCCUGGAUAAGCCCCUCCUGGAAGAGUGGAGUCCCGGCUUGUCCCCGGGGUUGACAGCGAAGGUGGCCGUGGCCACGGUGCUGAUGGUGUUGGGGCUCAGCUUCUUCGUCGUCGGUGUCUACUGCUACCGGGGCAAGCCACCGGCACCGGGUUACACUCCCCUCCCUGGAGACACCUACCCCGCAGGAAGCAUCUGAGGACCCCCAGGACAGUGACCUCCUGGCCCUGACAGUCC